CCCUGGCCCGCAUGCUAGCUGUGAGGGAGCGUAGCAAGAAGGACACGUCUCUCUGCCACACUGAGAUGACUGAGCUGAAGAGGGUCAUCGACCACGAGAUCAAACUCCGCAGCUUCAUGGUCCAAAAGUCCAAGGAGAGCGUCCCCAUAGGCGAGGACGAAGAGGCCAAAAAGAGAAGGGCCGAGCAGGCUCAGCGUGAGCGAAUGGGAGGAGAGAGUCUGGAGACCUACCAGGCGGUGCACCGGCUGCUCGUGGAGGUGAGCGGCGACAGCGACCUGCGUCAGCUCGGCAGGACAUUUGUGGAGAACGAGGAGAAGAGCUUUGCUUACUUCAACUACAUCAACGAGCUGAACAACAAUAGCACCAUGCUGAAGGACCGCAUCAACAAGCUCAGGACUGAGAUCCUGCGCUUUGAGCUGGAGAACAAGCAGUAUGAUCAACAGUGGCAGGGCCAGCUCAAGGAACUGGAGAGAGAGCUGGAGCAGCGUCGUGGCCUGGCCAAUAAUUUGGAGAGCCAGUACACUGUGGUUCUGAAGUUUUUGGAUCAGCAUAAGACGGCCAUCGCCCACCUGUUUAACAAGAUGAAUUGUAACCCUGCUUCUAUCAUUGGCAAGCUGGGCUGCAGCGCUCAGGUCACUGAUGACAAUGUCACCCAGUUUAUCGGUAUCCUGGAGGAGGAGAUGCACCAGCUGUUGAUGUUCCUGUCCCAGUGCAGCUACAAGGAGGCCGAGGAGAUGGAGCUGCCCCCUCAGAACCUCCUGCUGGUCAGCUGCAGCCUGCUGCCCGCCGUGACCCCCUCUACUACAGAGGCACCCUCCUUUGACGACAGUACCACUGAAGCACUACUGGGCCUGGGCAGCGAGCAGCCUCUGGACUUCCAGACCCUGCGUGAGCGGGUGCUGCCCUGGGUGAUGCAUACUGAACAGGGUAAGGUGCCCAAGGCCCCAUCCGCCCCCCUAAGAGGAAAGAAGAAGGUGGGCUUCAACCCCAAGUCUGCCUGAGCAGGAGCCUCUGACGCUCACAAGACAUGGUGCUCACAUACUGCAUUGUUUUAAUGUCAAUGAAACCAUUACAGCAUUUAGCUUUAGUCCUUGGUCUCAGUAAUCUGUUCAUUGUUCAGUGUCCUUUGCCCCCCACCCCCAGCACUGCUUUGAACAGGUUUGUUCCAAUUGUUGGAGGAAAUAACACAGCUCAUCUAGACCCUUAUCCUGGUACAGAAAAGAUGCCCUCAUUUUGGGCAAUGAAAUACCAAAUGGUGGGUGGCUCAGGGCUUUGCACCUCUGCGUCAAGGUCUCUCAGCAUGGCCAGGCACCACCUCAGUGGAGUAACAACAGGCUUUACGGGGAUCACUGGCUGACAGCUUAGUGUCUGCCCUGCCUUUGGGAUGCAUCAUGCGGUGUAACGUUACCCCGUAACCUCAUGACAUGCACUAAAAUAAACACUGGGGCUUUGUCUUUCCAAACCAAACCCCAUGUUUUGAUGGAGAGUGUUAGGCCCCUCUGUACCUUGAAGACCAGUGUGAUGCCAGAAGACGGCCAUCUCUGCUACAUCACUGGCUCUCAUUGCUCCUCUCUAAAUACAGAAGGCUACAUGCUCUUAGUCUUAGGGGAUCCAUAAUGUUCUCAGCUGCUGGGCAGGACUGCUACCAAAACCAAACUAAAACCUUGAAUCAGUUUAUAAACCAGUAGAAAAGCUCUCCCUCACUGAACCUCACAAACUCUCCUCGUGGGCUGUUUGUGCGUAAGCAGCAUUCUCCUAAUACUAUUUUCAACCCAUACUGAUGUCAUUAACCCCUGAUGUAAACUCUCUUGCUAGUGAUGAAACCUUACAGAUUAAAAGGUAUUGAUUUUGUGUAUGACUUAUUUACAACACAGUGUGGCUGCAACAGUUAUGUGAUCAACUUGGGCAAAAUAAUUGAGGGAAGCACACAUCCAUUGAUACAUAGACUUGAUUUGUUGAGUUGAUACAGAAUAUCACUUAAGAUGACAUUCAUUCCAAUAUGUCAUCAGUCAUUCAAGUAAACAAAGGACAUUGAAUAUAUAUUAUGCUGUCUAAGGAGAUGCGUCAAAAUAAACAUUUAUUG